AUGUCUUCGCCACGCUCCGACAGCCACAUGUUAUCCAAGGCAGAUCUUCGCUCUGCUUUCGUCAGUUUGGCUCGCUGGAACAUGUUCAACAAGCGACAUGAGAACCCCAAAGACCUCCAAGUCGAGAAAGAUGCGGACUCGGGUCUCGGUUUCAAGAUUGAAACCUGCGAAACCGCAGCAGUGUUUGGAAGACUACCGUUGAAAUCUACUCGUGACGCAGUGACGUGGAGAGGCACGCGGUAG